UCGACACUCCCGAGCAGAAGUGGCAGAGGGAAGGGAUGAAUGGAUCGUCUGUCCGUGCGCGUGUGCGGUCCCUCGGCUGCAGGGGUCCGGAUGUCAGAGCGCAGGGUGGGCUGCUGGCUCAGCGACAAGAAGCGAAGGAGGAUGAACCUGGACGCGUUCAUACGGUUCUGUGCAGACCAUGGAGUGGAAGUGGUAAAGAUUGAUCUCACUCAGCCCCUGGGCCCUCAGGGACCCUUUGACAUCAUCCUUCACAAGCUGUCUGACGUAAUUGUGGAAGCUGAGCACGAUAGCCAAUCACAGCAGCUCCUUGAUAACUUUCAGAGUUAUGUUUCAGCUCAUCCUGACACAGUGCUGCUGGAUCCCCUGCCUGCCAUGUCUAAACUAUUAGACCGCUUUGUCUCGUGUCGGAUAAUGAGCCAACUGAACAGUUCACUCCGAGACUGGCGUAUCUGCAGUCCCCCAUGCCUCGAGGUCCACAGUGGCAGUGACCUGUCAUCCAUUCAGCAGGCUGUGAUGAGACAGGGCCUAAUAUUUCCUCUCAUUUGUAAAACAAGAGUGGCACACGGCUCAUAUUCACAUGAGAUGUGUCUGCUCUUCAGUGCAGCCAGUCUGGCUGAUAUCCAUCCUCCCUGUGUGCUUCAGAGUUUUGUGAACCACGGAGCCGUUUUGUACAAAGUGUUUGUGGUAGGAGACAAGCACUGCUGCGUAGAGAGACCCUCUAUCAAGAACUUUCCCUCCGGCCCCUGUGACAGGAAGACCAUCUUCUUCAACAGCCAAAAGGUGUCCAAACCAGAGUCGAACUCUAAUCUCACGUCUGUGGAUGAACAUAUGGUGGACCCGCCUUCUCCCAGCUCAGAUGCUGUGGCCGCCCUCGUCAAGGAGCUCCGAGCUCAGCUCGGCAUGGCCCUGUUUGGCGUGGACGUCAUCGUCAACAUAGGAACGCACGCGCUCACCGUCAUAGACAUCAACAUUUUCCCAGGCUACGAGGGCAUGCCUCAGUUUUUCUCCUCUCUGCUCAGCCACAUCCAGUCAGUGUUGGACAAACACGCCGCUGCUGGUUCGCACACUACAGGUGGCUCCUCUGAGGAAACGGUGGGUGUUUGUCACCCCAGGAGUUGAUCACGGAUUGGUUUCAUCAAAAGGAUAAGCAAAACUUGAUCCCGAACUUAAUCCUCUGCAAAACACACUAAUUACUUUGACCUGGUAAUUGUCUCUGCUCUGUUAAGGUCAACAGACAAGCAAAAAAAAGGCACCCUACAGUACUUGAGUAUACUUUUCUGUUUAUUGAUUGACAGGUAGCAUAGAAGAAGAUACAGCAGGCACAAAAUACAGCACUCUGAUUGGCCAGUAAUAUUACAAAUGCCUUUUUUAAUCACUUUUUUCCAUAUUGUGUCAUAUGUCCUCUAUGCUCUAUGCGUCACCUCCCCACAGACGUUUCCUGCAGUGAUCCUGCUGGUUUGUGAGAUUCAUUUUGUAUUUCUAUAGAAAAAGGAACUACAGUACAUUCAUGUUGAUUAACCUUUGAGCGAACAAGCAUCUCCUCUUUGGAAUAGAUUGCUAUAACAUCGUCAGUGUUGAUUCAUAACGUGUCUUAUUACCACGUGUUUACACAAGUUGACCGUCGCCUCGGCCAGUGUUCAAAUACAUAAACGUAUCGUAAAUCUCGGCCUUGUAGAAAAAAGAGAAAUAUUUGUAUACGAGUACCACAUGAUGCACUUUGAUUACAUAUUAAAAUACAUUAAAUA